GAGGGCCCGCGCGUUUCGGAUCGAAUCAGGAAUGGCUAAGUGUGUCGCAUCGACGUCACCUGGGCCGGGUCUGUCGUCAGAUGACGUCGAACUCGACUUAUAGAAAUGCGUUGCUGAAUGAACCGGAUAAAACCGGUCUUUAUCUUCGCUGCCGCUGGUUCGAAAAUUGGACGACCUAGCUUCGUUGUUGUUUAGAAACACAGCAGAGUUCGACUACGGUGAGUACGAGGAUGACGCUAACUCAUGGGACCCGCGGCAAGCCAGCAUCACGAAGAUUGGGAAAAUGGACGGACUAACCAUCGACCAAGUCGAGUUACCGCCUUUUGAGAAACCAGCGGCACGACUGGUCAACAACUUCGCUUUUAAACUUCUCAACGAAAUAGCGUCGGACAACGAGGACAACGUCGUGUUUUCGCCGCUGUCGAUUUUUACAUCACUGGCAACACUGCGACCGGCGUUGAAUGGAACUUCGUUGGAACAACUUAAUGACGUCACAGGCCUGGAUACGAUACGUGAAAGUGACAUGAAUGACAUGUAUGACGGCAUAUUCAAGAAGAGCAGCUCAUACAAAUUAAAACAAGCCAGUAGAAUCUACGUCGACCGGGGAAUUAGACUGUCAAGGUCGUACAGGACAGACCUGUACAGAAUGAAGAUUAGUCGAGCGAGACGUUUGGAUUUCCGGAGAGCGCCGGAAGAGAGCCGGAACAAAAUCAACAAAUACGUAAAAAAGAGGACAAGGAAGCUCAUUAAGGAGCUGGUACCGGUCGGUGCCAUCUCCUCGGCCACGAUGAUGUAUCUGGUCAAUGCAAUUUACUUAAAGGCGAAGUGGGACAUACCGUUCCAGAAGUCUCUAACGCGCAUGCGCCGGUUCCGAGUCAGCAACAACGAGUCAAUACGGGUGGAGACAAUGAUAAGUAAAAACACAUUCUGUACAAGGGUAAACAACCGGGACCUGCAAGCAAGCGUUACUGUCCUAAGCUUAGGAGGCAGUUUCAGUUUUGUUAUCAUGAGUCCACACUCAGCGGGAAACUUCUCGCGUUUUUAUGACGACGGUGUCACUACUAUGCAAGAAAAGAUGACACGAGCGUUCAACAAAAUAUGGACACGCAGAGGAAAUCGACAGCAGCAAUUAUGCUCAGUGAAGCUGCCCAAAUUUAAAGUUGAUUACGCUGAGAAUAUAAAGGAAGUACUGAAAGGGCUUGGCAUCCGUGAUAUAUUCAGUAUCAACGCGGAUUUCAGCCGACUUUCGGUGCGCAACAACAGAGAGUUGUAUGUAAGCGAGGCGCGCCACAGUGCGGUACUCAGCGCAGACGAAGCAGGCGUCGAAGCCGCUGGGGCAACAGCUUUUGGAAUCUCGUUGCGCUCAACAUCCUUGCAAGUAACGGUCAAUAAACCGUUCAUAUUCGCGCUACGUCACGACCCAUCAGGUGCGCUCAUUUUUGUUGGAAAAAUCGUGCGACCGAGCGUGGGGUGAACAGUGUUGCACGACCACGGUAAAAAAGCCGGGAAUCAAGAGACACAUCGCCGGACGAAACGUUACCGGUCAACACUUUUUCAUCGAGGCAACUUUGCCGUUCAAGUUCAUUAUUUCUUUCAUGUCGUUUUAUUUUCAGUCGUGUUUUUUUCACUGUACACAACGCUUAUCGUACAUACAUAUCCUCAAUGCGUAUUCACAGA